AUGGAUAUCGAACUAGUAGAGAAGUAGAAUUCUCAAAGUGAGAUAUCAAAAAGAGCAAUAUCUCAAUAUGAAGAAUUCGAUGAAUAUGAUUCAAAGACAAUAUUUUGGGUCUGUUUACUAAUAAAAGUCUUACUUAUUUUUAAAUGCUGUGCAAUUUCUAAAAAACAAUGUGAAAAGUGUUUAAUAGAGGAUAAAUCAGAAACAUCUCUAAUUUUUGGUAAUUCAAGUUAUUUAUUAUAUCAAUCAAUUUAGAUUAAUAACUGGGAUACCAAUUAUUUCAUUGAUGUUUCCGCAUACAAUUGUCAUUAGUAAACUAUUUAAUCAUUUGCUUGGGAGGUUUCUGUAUUUCUUGUACUUUUAAUUAAUAUUGAGGAUAUUUUUUAUUCUGUCAGAAAAAGAUUGGAAUCAUUUGAUGUAUCCAUGUGUAAUUUACUUGAUUGUGUGGUUGAUUGGAAAUAAGGUUGA